GAGGACAGCCGAAAUGCAGUACCAAGACAGGCUACAAUGCGGAAUUUCUUACAACCGUUGUACCGCUGAAGUAAUGCAGUAUGAUGCGAGAUGAAGUAACCUGGCGUUGGCGGAUCUCAGUAUAGUUCGCUUUGUGUGUAUGUGAAGAAGACAUGGAUCUCACCAAGGAUGUCAGUUAGAUGAUCCUUCUGGAGCAAGAGCAUAAAGACUAAAAACAGACCCAGGCUGGCAGGGCAGAGGGAACAGAGAGAUGUUGUAACCCAACGCGGGGGAAGAUGCCAUCCCCACGCGCAAUGGCGAUGACCGGGGGAGCCCUGUUAAUAGCCAUCGGUCUGUCACUCUUUUUGACCAUGCACGCGCCCCUGCAACUAGUCGGCUUCCUUUUGGGUGUUUUCGGCAUCAUCAUCCUCGUGUACGCCUUCUGCCAAGCCAUGAAGUCUGAUCAUGUAGCUGUCCCGGGACACUUCUUGCUCCAUCCUCGCACAGGGACGCGCUACAGUCCCCAUCAAGCCAUGGCCAUUCAAAGGAGGCUCGAUAGGAUCCGGCGAGCGGCCGAGGAGGAGGAACACCAGGUCCAGCCCGUCAGCACCCCCCCGGCCCUGCUUCAGCACCUUAGUCAGCUGAGCCUUCCACGGACCCCCCCGCCCUGGGAGAUGGAGCCGCCCCCGUCCUACGAGACGGUCAUGAAGGGCAGCCAGAGUCCCGUCGUCCAGAACUCGUGACCGCGCCGGUGCUGAC